UAUUGAGCCUUCAUAUUUGAACCGACAAGAGAGCAUUCGAGGUAGUUUAAUACAGGUGAACCGAGAGCAAAGAAACACAAUGAAUGAAGGGAGCAACAGCCGGUUGGAACGGAUACUGGUCAUCGCACUGGUCGUCAUCUUCGGGAGCGGAGCAUGGGUCUCUGUAUCAGGAAUCUGGACCGAAUUACCAAUCCUGAUAGCAACUGGACUGCCCGAGAAAUAUCGGAUUACUUCCAUCGUGAAUAUUCUUAUUCAGUUUGCUGUAGUUGGAAUGAUAGCCUUCUUGAUCUGCAAUAAACUAUCGGCGUCUACACGCCUAUACCGACCAGAGAUUCCCGUCAACUACGCCAUCACCUUCAUGGGAACCAUAGCGACAUUCUUGCUGAUAUUCUUCUGGGACUCAAAGACAUACCUGUCUGGUCAACCCCACAGUGUGGCUUUCCUGUGUUUGGUGUUCUUUGUAGCUCUGGUUGAUAUCACGUCCAAUGUCACCUUUGUGGGAUUCAUGUCUCUCCUAAAACCAAACCUGUUGAAUUGGUUUUGGAUUGGUGAAGGCAUGAGUCACGUUCUCCCUGCCUUUGUUGUUCUUAUACAGCAAUCAGGAGGCAGUAAAGACACAUGCGUUGCUAAUUAUACCUUCAUCAACGAAACAAUGAUUGGGAAUUCAUCAGUUACGUAUAAUUGCACCUCUUGGCAAGAAGUGGUUCCUCAAUUUCUCUUCGAACCUGAUGAAUAUUUUAGCUUUCUAUUCGUGGUGAUGAUCUCAUGUCAUAUCGCGUUCAUUUGCCUGAAUACCUUGCCUUGCGCCAGACGGGAAUACACGCCUCAGCGAGACGGCCACCAUCUUAAAAGGGACGGAUGCGGUGGACUCUUCAAGUCUUUAUCUUCAGCUGAUGAGGAAACUGACCUCUUAAGGCUCACGCCAGUAGUCUCAUCGAAUGGAAAUGAUACCUCCAUCUCGAAUACAGAAAAUAACGACUCCAAUAACGAACUAACAGAAAAACAUCUCACCAAAAAGCAGGUAGCGUUUUUAUAUACCAUCUUCUUUCUCAAUUUUUUGAUGGCCUACGGCAUCAUGUCACCGAUUCUUGGCUAUUCGGGUAGUGCGUACGGUCAUGCUACCUUUCAACUGCUUGUGCCUCUGGAGCAGAUCGCCGUCGCCUUCGCCUAUUUUCUGUUUCUGUUGAAACCCAUCUACAGCUUCAAUGCCGUGGCCGUGUCCCUGGUCGUGGCGUUUUUCGGUUAUACAUAUGCCCUUGUGGUUGCCUCUACGAGUCCUUAUCCGCCGUUCGGUGGCCUCGUCGCUGGCAAAGUACUCAUUGUACUAAAUGCUGUGAUUACGAGUGUAUCGUCUAGAUACUGCCAUGCAUCUACUGUUUGGAUAUUACGUAAUAAUGCAGACGGUCGCAAGCACCUGAUCAUCUCCGGUGCCAUCGGCCAAGCCGGAGUGAUCCUGGGCUCCAGCACUAUGUUUAUCCUCAUCAAUUUCUACAACAUCUUUGAAGCAAACCAUGACAGCAAUACCUGCCCAACAAAUGCAACAUGCACCAUGAUAAUUUAAUCAUAUCCUUCACUCUGUUUUUGUUUUGAGUUUGUUUUCACUUUACGGAUGCAUAUAAGAACAUUAAUGUGCUUGGAUACGCUACUCAUCCCUAAGAAUAAGAAAAAACAAACAUCAAUGGGACGCAAUUGCAAUAACAAAUUCGUUCAUACCUACGUGAUAGGCAAUCCGACAUUUGCUCUGGGUUCCGUUUCAUUAGGGUUAGGUAAAGUGUUGUGUCGUGGUUUGAAAUGUAAGAAUCCGAUUAGUGUAGGAAAUUGAGGCGAAACAUAAGGGUAUGUAAAUUGGGGUCUUAAAGGAGUGCAUGGGCCGACUGCCCCCCCCCCAUUCCACUGGUGUCACUAAAGGCUCGUUUCUAUAUGAACAAGCCUUAAAGUAAAAACGAAACCAACAGACUUUAACUGAUAACCUUGUGAAAACUAAUGAGCCAAAUAACAAUAUUUUGAAAUUACUCAUAUUUGAUUACUUAAUUAGUAAGGAAAACGAUCUCUCCAAAGUUUGCAGUUUCUUUGCUAGUCAUACUCCCAUGGGAGCUGUCAUUUUGAUUAAAAUUGUGAUGUCAGAGUGGUACGGGAGAGUUCCGACUCCCUAACCUCCCC